AUGCCCAGAGCGUCCAGAAUGCUGCUCAGCAUGGUCAAGCCGAUCAAGACCACGCAGACAAGCAAGGUGGCCAGUGGUGGCCGUACCCUCGUCCUCGUCCUCGUCCUCGCCCUCGGCCAAACAAUUGGUGUCCGCCAGGGGCUUGGUGGUGUCGUCAGCCAGGCCCUCGUCCCAACAAUGGAUGUCAAUGGGGUGGGAUAUCUCAAUGUGUUGACAACUAUUGCAAUCCGGUCUACUCGAAUUUCAUGGACAGGUACGGCACUUGUACGUCCGGUGCCUAUGCCGGUUGCCAAUGUGAUAAAUGCGGUGGCUCUAAUGGUGGCCAUGUGGGAAGUUGCUCGGCGUCCGAUGGUUGUUUUGGCCAGAAUGGCAUAUGUCAAGGCGGAGAGUACGCAGGUUGUCCAUGUAACCAAGGUGCCUGGGUGUGGAAAGCGUGAAGGUAUCGGUCGGGAUGUUGUGGUGGCGCUGUCACAUCUUCGAGACCGUACUUCAUCGACGUCUGUCGUUUCAAUGGCCUUUGGGGAUUUUGUAGUUUUGCACGGUCCAAUCGCUUGA